AUGUCGGUGUCAAGUGACAGCGCGGGCAACUCUCCUCAGACCUAUCAGGCCGUCUCGCCCAUUGAUAUUGUGCGUGGUCACAAUCACAUCCCAAUGACGAUGCCCUCGCAACCCAGCGGCCCUCGGGCCGAGAGGAGCUCAUCCGAAUCAUCAAGUUCCUCGUCAAUAAAGAGUCCUCGGACGGCUCGAUUCGCGGAAGCAACCUCAGUCCAUUCGCCAACCGAAGCGACUGAUACGUCCCGGUCUCCAUUUGCGGAUCCCCCUAGUCAGUCCCACAGCCAGCCUGAUGUAUCCGACGUGGGCUUUGGAUACGUCGCCGCCAAUGAUCCUGCUCAGCAUACGGCACACCAUCUUCCUCCAGCGUCUCCGUUGAAGAGUGCUCUCAAGGUCCCAGGGACGCCGGGUCGGACCCUGAACCCUCUGAGUCCCACUUUCCGAGAAGAGUUUUUCGUGGAGAAGCAAGAAAAGGCUGCUGACAAAGAGAAUGCCAGAGAUCUGCGAAUCAAACUCCGGGUACGCCUGGCCAAGAUGUUCCUUCGGUUCGUCAACUUUGGCUGUAGUUUGAUUGUUCUCACCAUUCUGGCAACAACGUUGAUGAUUUUCCGUGCGACCAAGACUCUUCCUCCUCGGAACAAUCUGCCCCCAUGGGCCCAGGGGACGAACCCAUGGCCUCAAUAUCUGCUUCUCUCCCUGGCCUGCGUCUCCUUGUUCUCCUGUCUCAUCGUCUUCUGGGCGUACUGGAAGGGUGGCCACAAACGAGCCGAGAAGGUAGCGGUGUAUUACACGAUCUACUCGGUGUGCUUCUUUACCUUCAGCUUGAUCAUGUGGAUUGUUGCUGCAGCGAUCUAUCAAAACUCCAAGGCUACUGGUAACGGGCAAGAUCUUUGGGGUUGGUCAUGCAGGCAGAAUCUACGAGAAGAGCUGUUUCACAACGAUAUCGAUUAUGCGCUACUUUGUCGUCUCCAGGAUUGGGGCCUAGUCUGCGCUAUCAUCGAAGUCGUCGUUGAGGUUCUAGCCAUUCUCAUCUACGCAGUCGUAUUCUACCGCUUCUACACCAAGCGACGACUCGCAAGGUCCAUGGACCGUCGUGACAAGGCCAGAUCAGACCUCUACCUGGCUCAGCUGCGUCUGCAAUCUGCUCCCAACACCCCUGGCUUUGUCAACAUGCCUAAAUCCCCCUUCGUCUCCAUCUCGCAGGCCCAGAACCCAUACUCCGCCGCCGAGAAUGGUGAGAUGUACGCAACGCAGUUUGCAACACCGCAGUCGCCGACCAGGCCCCAGCCCACCUUCCAGCUGCAGCCGCCACCCAUCCGCGUCCAGCAGGCAACCCCUAAGACAGAGCAAGGGGAGUUCCCUGCGGCCAUGCCUGCCCCGGCCCAGAAUGAGCAUAUGGCUGCUGCGCCAGGCGAGCGGACUUACGAGGCUGUUCCCAUUCCGGGGGCAUACACCAACCCAAUGAACUCCAACUUUCCUCAGAACGCCCACCAGUGA